CAUGUGUUCGGGAACAGUGAUCAACAAGUGUUCAUCAAGUGUAAAAGCAUCUAUCAAUAAUGAGUUUUAAAGUUCAACCAAAAGGUUUCGCCACUAAAUCUAUUCACGCCGGUCAGGAUCCGGAGCAGUGGAAGAGUGCUUGUGUUAUACCGCCGAUAUCAUUGAGCACUACAUUUAAACAGGAUGCACCAGGACAGCAUCGUGGAUAUGAGUACUCAAGAAGUGGAAAUCCUACACGAAAUGUAUUAGAAAAGUGCUUAGCAGCGCUCGACAAUGCAAAAUAUGGCUUAACUUUUUCAUCCGGCCUUGGUGCAACUACUGCUGUUCUUACAAUGCUAAACAGUGGCGAUCACAUUGUAAUGGGAGAUGAUGUGUACGGUGGGACAAAUCGACUAAUAAGGCAAGUGGCAUCACGUUUAGGCAUAUCCGCAACUUUUGUUGAUGCUACAAAUUUAAACAACCUUAAAGCUGCUUUUAAGCCUGAAACAAAGCUAGUUUGGAUAGAAUCGCCAACAAAUCCUCUUAUAAAAGUGGCGGACAUCGAAGCGAUUGCAAAAAUUUGCCAUGAGACUGGAGACAUAAUAGUUGCGGUAGAUAAUACUUUUCUUACCUCAUAUUUCCAACGACCCCUCGAUUUGGGGGCGGACUUAGUGUGCUAUUCAUUAACAAAAUACAUGAAUGGACAUACGGAUGUUGUUAUGGGUGGAAUAACACUAAACUGUGAUAAUCUAUAUUCUAGACUAAAAUUUUUGCAAAACGCUAUUGGUAUAGUUCCGUCUCCAUUUGAUUGUUAUCAAGUAAACCGUAGUCUUAAAACACUAUCAUUACGCAUGCAACAACACCAGCGAAAUGCAAUCGAUAUUGCUAAAUUUCUUGAAUCACAUGAAUUUGUUGAAAAAGUGCUCCAUCCAGCGCUGGAAUCACAUCCACAUCACGCCAUAGCUCUUAAACAAACAUAUGGAUAUAGCGGAGUGUUUUCAUUUUAUAUCAAGGGAUCUCUAAAGCAUUCUACAGCAUUUUUAAAAUCCCUAAAAGUGUUUACAUUGGCCGAGAGUCUUGGGGGAUACGAGAGUUUGGCUGAAUUACCGUCUAUCAUGACACAUGCCUCUGUACCAGCUGAGGACAGAAAAGUAUUGGGUAUAACUGAUGCUCUUAUUCGUUUAUCAGUCGGUCUUGAGGAUUCUGAUGAUUUAAUAGAUGAUCUACGUUGCGCUUUGAAUAUUGCAGCACAAGCUUAAGAACAAAAAAAAAUAAAAGAAAAGUUUUUAAUGUGUAAGACUAACAAUU